AUCCUACCUACUACCACUGCAGAGAAUAUAGAAGAAAAAACUUUGAUGGAAUCUCUCCAAGAGGUUGUUUAAGCUCCUUAAAAUAUUAAUAAUAAAUUGAAUUAUACUGUAUGUAUUGUAUGAACUGCACAUACUACAUGUACUAUAUAAGCUGGAUGUAAUGGAUAUACUAGAUUAACUUUCAUGUACAGAAUAUAUGUACGGUACAGAGAUAAGAGAGUAGCAAAGAUCAAUUGAAACCUAUGAUAUGCGAUAUUUUCCACAGCCGGUUCUGCUUUGUACUAGUACGUACACAACUAAUCAGCAGACAUCUGUAUUCAAAAAUAUUUAAGGAUUUUUUGGAUACGGAUUAAAAAAUUUCAAAAAUAGACGAAGCUUAACCCGUAAGGCCUAAAUGGGUAGUAUAUGCAGCAAGUGGGCGUAAGAUGGCAGUCAAAAAAAGUCAUGAAACUGUAGGAAUGCGUGCCGGGACACUUAUGGCCUGCUUCGCCUAUCCAAGUAGAACAUAUGCACAGUCUGAGAUCAGUUGCUGGAAAACCAACAAAUAUUUCACAACGGCAGGAGGAACAAAAUGGAUUUAGUAAAAUUGGCAGAAAAGAUCCAAGGGGGAGACCAGUUUAAUAUUGGAGCAGCAGCAAGCAAACUUAUUCUUAUUGCAGCACAGGUCAAGUUUCUGCAGGACCAAGCUCUAAAGAUUCUUGCGGAUGCAAGGUUGGAUAACCUACUGAACCAGACUACCUGCAUCUUUAAAAAGAUCCCCGGGAGAACCUACUAUGUGUACAAGCAACGACGAUUCCCAGAAAGGGAGAUAAUCAGUAUGAUUUCUCCAGAGGAGUGGGGAGAUGACUGUCCAGUUUUCGUUGGUUCAUACAGACUGGAGGAAGACCUGAGUUGGACAAGAACUGAGGAUAUUGCAAAGAAAGAUGAAGAAUUAAAGCUGAUAAAUAAAAUGCUAGAACACAGCUCUAAAUCAGCUGUAGAGUUUCUACUGUACAAGGAAAAGGAUAAGAAGAAUAAUGAGGAAACAGAGAAUAUGAAGAAUGAAGACGAGAGAAAGAUGUUGGAAGAACUCAAGAUGCACGAGGACUAAAGAUGAUCUAGUCCUGGCUUUGAGGACAAUUGUAAUUUGUAUUCUAGUGUAAAUAUAAUAUAAAAAUAUAAUAAUUAAUAACAAUAAUUAGUUGACUGUGAGAUGUUUAUCAAUAAAUAAUA